AUUCCCUUUGUUCGCAAGGGAUCUACCCCUGCAUCCUCCUGCCAUCAUCUCGCGCUAUGGGUGGACCUGCUGCUGUCGACACCGGAGGCGGGCAAGGAUAUGCUCACCUCAUUGACAUGUCAAGACCUUGGUACAAGAACAGACGGCUUCUUGCUUUGAACGGAUGGCUGGCAUUACUGCUCAUAACGUCUUCAACGAACGGGUACGAUGGGAGUAUGAUGAACGGCCUGCAAUCGCUUGACCAGUGGAGGGCUGCUUUCAAUUACCCGUCAGGAGGAAUGCUUGGACUCCUCAAUGCCAUCCAGAAUAUUGGUUGCUUGGCUGCAUAUCCUUUCUCCCCGUACUUGAUGGAUGGCCUUGGACGACGUUUCGCUGUCGGCUUUGGUGCAACUCUCAUGUGUAUCGCCACCAUCCUUCAGACCGCAUCACACUCGGUUGGAAUGUUCAUUGGUGCUCGUUUCAUGAUUGGCUUUGGCUUGACAUUUGCCGCAGCUGCGGCUCCCGUUCUGAUCACGGAAGUUGCUUUCCCUUCUCAGCGUGGGCCUGCGACGUCUCUGUAUAAUUCCCUUUGGUUCUUAGGAAGUAUCAUUGCUGCAUGGACAACAUUUGGCACAUUCAACAUCCCUUCGAGCUGGUCAUGGCGUAUCCCUUCUGCACUGCAAGCUACCCCAUCCGUGGCACAACUGUGCCUUAUUUGGUUCGUUCCAGAAUCUCCUCGUUGGUUGUGCUCCAAGGGAAGAGAGGCGGAAGCUCUCAAUACCCUUGCCUACUACCACGCGAACGGUGACGCCGAAGACCCGUUGGUCGAGUACGAGUUUGAGGAGAUCAAGGCUGCUAUCAAGUUUGAUCGUGAAGUUGCUGCUAAUGUCGGAUGGAUGAGCUUGAUCAGGACCCCUGGUAAUAGGAAGCGAUUGAGGAUUAUGGUUGCCAUUGCUAUCUUCUCUCAGUGGUCUGGAAAUAACCUGAUCUCUUACUACAUGAACAAGGUCCUGAGCGGCAUUGGCAUCACCGAUGGCGACACUCAACUCUUGAUUAACGGUAUCCUCAAUAUCUUCAACUUCGUCAUUGCCAUCCUUGCUGGUCUUCUAUGCGACAAGAUUGGUAGACGUCCAUUGUUCAUUGCGUCCACCAUUGGAAUGUUCGUAUUCUGGACCCUUCAAACGGCAUGCUUUGCACUCUAUUCGGAGAAGGGAAAUGUCGCUGCUGGUCAUACGUUCAUUGCUAUGAUCUUCCUCUUCUACGCUUUCUAUGACAUUGCCUUUACGCCAUUAAUCGUCUCGUAUACCGUUGAGAUCCUGCCCUUCGCACUUCGUGCCAAGGGAUUCACAGUCUUUAACUUUGCAUUGACGCUUUCACUGAUCUUCAAUCAAUACAUUAACCCUAUUGCAUUGGAUGCGAUUGGAUGGAAGUACUACCUCGUGUAUGUCUGCUGGCUUGCCUUCGAAGCAGGCUUUGUCUAUAUCUACGUCAUCGAGACCAAGAAUCGCACGCUGGAAGAGACAGCGGCCUUGUUUGAUGGUGACGAGACUGCAGCCAGGCUUGCAGAGGAUGCCGCGAAGCGCGCUGGUGUCUCUGACCAUAUCUCGGAGAAGGACAAAGGUUCUGCGACUGAGAUCGAGGAGCUCAGAAUUUGAAUGUCCUUCUCUACUUUUACUUGAAUAUGUUUCGACUCUCAACGACAUCUUCAUGUCCUUGUAUUUUUCUUGUCAGCUGUAUCAAAACCGGAACGAUUGUAUAACUUGUGUAGCAGAGUUUGGAGUACCACUUGCAGUCCAACGCACCUUAUAUGGUUUUCUCUUCCCUUUCAGCAACUUUAGGAGGCACAAGGUCUAAGCGAAGGCAGUCAGAGGGCAACUGGCGAAAUAGUCACCCAUAAAAGUCAAUAUAAAAAAUCUCCAAGGUACCCUAUCUAAGCUUAAGCGGCGGCGAAGUAUGUAGUGGUGAUGAGUGAUCGUCGUAGCGGAAUCAUAGCAAUACUUUUGGUCCCAUAGGAUACUUCUAUGUCUAGAACGAUAUAUGAUAGCGUACGGCACGGAAAGUAGGUGUGUGCGCGGUAAUAGUGCGCUAAUGAUGGUGAGUUUAGACGUAGUUCGCGAACCAUGG